AAAGCUCGGAGAGCUGAUUUGUAACCCGCUGAAGGAACAGUAGAGGAGGAUAGAAAAUGUCGCUGUUUUGGACACGGACCGUUCUAGGAUCAGUGUCGUUUUAAGAGAAAUCAGGCGGUCGUUUGAAUGAAAUUGUUGCUGUCAUGAGUGAUGAUAAAUUUGACUGCUGCAGAAACAACAGCUUCCAUGCAGGACGUUAAAACUUAGCUGUAGAGUGAGUCGGGAUUGAGCCUAAAAAUUCAAGAACAGAAGGAAUGCUCCAACACUACAUGGUCUUUGGAGUAACUUCUUCUUUUUAGGCUCUUGAUGUUUCCACUCAUCUAGAAAAAUAAAAUUUCAAGUUGAAAGACAAGAUGGAUCCAUCUACCAGUGUGGUGGGUAUAGAUGCCCAGGGGAACAUGGUGUUCAGAGUGGUAAAGCCAGUUAUGGGCAUCUUCCAGGUAGCAUCAGAACAAACUAGUGGUGUAGGACAAGGGAGCAUGGGGCUUCAGGUUUUACCUGAAAACAACAUGGUCCUCCCGCAGACACAAGGUCAAGUCCCAUUAGAGCAACACAGAGUAGAAAUGCACACAAUGCAAGCCUCAAAUUCAGCCCCAGAUGCAGGUUUCUGCCCCACUCCCCACUGAGGAAAUGUCCCAGAAUGAGGAUCCAUCAUCAAACCCCUACCAGAACUCUGGAGGACCUCGACACAGAUGCCAUUUGCAGAGGUGUCGUUCACUGCUGGAUCCCAACAUGAAAGGAUCUAAAGCUCGGAAGUAUUUCAUCUCGUAUGAGGAAAUUAAGCGGCGCUUACAGGCGCCUGAAGAAGAUGUCACUGCGCUCUUUGGCGGCCUAUCACCCCGAGUCAGCAGAGGCCCAGCCAGCAAGAAAUCUCUACUGGAGUCUCUUAAUGUACUUGGCCUCACGCCGAGCACAACUACCUCCGUGUCCUCGUCCUUCUCCAAACUCACUGAAGGUGACACCCAAGCCUUGUGUGAUGAUAUGAAGGACUUUGCCCACGACUACAUCAACUACGGCAAUAUGGCUAAACAGCUCAUCCCGGAGACCAACACAGUUCAACACUGGUCUAAAAUUAUUGAAACUAAAAACCACCUGGAGGACAUGAGAAAAUGCUUUAAGGAUCCCAUCAACAGUGGUGCAUUUGACAGCGUCACACAUGGCCUUGGCUUGGGAAUGUUGGACAUCGGAUUGGACAUGAUCAUUACAGUAAUUGAACAGCAGAUUAGGGUCUUGUCCGGAGCUACCGCGUCGGAUCCACCAGACUCUGGCCUGCCGCAACGGCGCAAUCGCAGGCGCAACCGCAAGCCCCACUCUAGUGAUAACGAGAAGCUACACAAAGGGUCCGAAGGGGACAAAGAGCAUGGAAGGCUCAUGACAAAGCCCAAAGUGCAUGGCAGAGGCAGGAAGAAGAUGAGACUUGAAACUGAAACCACUGGUCCUGUGGAAACCCAAGCAGGGAAUUCUAAACCAGAUAACGCUGAGAAUAACGUCCUCACUCUGGUUUCUGUGGGAUAUGAGACCGUUUCUAGUGGCCUCAGUACAUCUGGAACUGUUUGACCAAUUGGUCAUAGGCUAAUUUAAUCUUAAAUAUGCGUGAGCCAACAAAUGUUUUUAUUUUCCAAAGUUCCAUAGGAGCUUUAGUUGUUGGCAGAACAUUAGAGAAAGACAGAUGGGCCUCAGUGUGGGCAGGUUAGCAGUGUAGUCAAAUUAUUAUAUAUAUAUUCUACGUGUUUAGUAAGGAGACGGAUAUCUUUAGUUUUCCUGUUGUAUGUAUUGCAGAGACUUACAUACUGUGUCAACAGUAACUACACUAUAGUGGCACAAAUGUAUCACUCAAACCUCUGGAUUUGAGUAAAAUGGUUCAUUGAUUCCAUCAUGUUGUAAAUGGAACAGAUGCUGUAUAAAUCUUUUGUUCACUG